CAUCCCAAAUGUACAGCUAACAUUAGUAUUUGGGAGUGCUAAUUAUAUAUAUAUAUAUAUAUUUUAUUUGUUUGGGCAAAAGGAUCACCUUGCUGGAGCUGGCUCCGCCGAUCGAGUGUGUGUAUGUUCAAUGUUGUUUUCCCCAAGAAGAAAUUAUGAAGUCCGCAAACUCCACUAACCAUAAUCGGGACCUUAACUUCACACCGGAAAAGAAGAUGGCACUGGCAGGCAACGACCGACUCCUUUUUACGGGAAAGAAUCCUCUGUUGGGUUCCCUUUUCUUAACCAAUUCAUCGUACAUAGAAUGGCAGAUCUCCACAAAACUCAAAACAUAAUAAAAUAACACCCUUGUGUAAUUCUGUCAACAACCAUAAUCAGGAGUGCAUAAAUACGAUCCCAAAUCACCACUUUUCUAAUCACACAAUCAAAGCAGUCAGAAAAACACACAAUCAAAGGUGGUAAGGAUAGAAGAAAAAAGAAAAUGAAGAUCAACAUGAACGUGGCUCUCCCACUGCUGAUCAUAGCGGCAUUAAUAUUAUUGGCGACGAACCCUGCUGCCUUCGUCGCUAAUGCUCAGGGUGGCGUGGUGGUCAAGGGCGGCGACGACGGCUCCUACAACGACCCUCACUGCGGCUCGCAGGCCGGCGGCGGGACGUGCGACCCUGGGUAUUGCUGCAGUCAGUUUGGCUUCUGCGGGAAAACUGUUGAAUAUUGUGGCGAUGGUUGUCAAAAUGGUUGCGGCGGCGGCAAUGCUCCGCCAUCACCAUGAAGAGAGUGAGACUCUAUAUACAAGAAGAUGAUGAUUACAGGAAGAGUAAAAGGAAACGGUAUUAAGAUACCUAUAUUUUUUUUUUUUGGUGUGAUUAAGAUACCUAAUUAAAUCCGGUCUCUAAAUUGUGCAUGUACUAAGUAGGAUUUUGCGUGCUCUUAGUACUAUAAAGCACUAAUGAAUAAAAGUUGUACGUCCAUCAUCUACAUGAAAUAAAAUGGUUUUUUUUUAUAUGUUCAAUAUAUAAAAGCUGGCAGUGGGGUCAUUAAGAUUAAAGUUUAUUGGGGUCU